AUGUCCAUUCAAGCAGCCGCGCAGGCCCUGGGGUCGCUGUCUCUCUCCUCCCAUCAACUAUCGGCCUCGUCCAGCAGAGUGUCGCUUGGAGACUCACUUAGGGUUUCGAGCUUCCGCGGCUGCCGGCUCGCUGCCGCUACUCGGCCAUCUGCUGUCGCCGCCGCCAGCAGGACUCUCGUUGUCGCUGCUGCCGUCACCACUCCCGCCGUCGCUGCCGCCGCCGGCAAGGGCAAGCCGAAGAAGAAGGUGGACUCGGCCGUGAAGCGCGCCAAGCAGGCGGAGGCGCGGCGGGUGUAUAACAAGUCGCGCAAGACGGAGAUGAGCACGCGCAUGAAGAAGGCGUUCCUUGCCCUGGAGGAGCUGCGCAAGAGUGCAUCCCCAUCGGAGGAGCAGCUGCUGGCGGCAGAGAAGCUCAUCUCAGAGGCAUUCUCCAUCAUUGAUCGGUCGGUGAAGGUCAACGCCAUCCACGAGAACAAGGGCGCACGCCGCAAGGCCCGGCUCUCCAGGGCCAAGCGCGCUACGCUGGUUUCUCUUGGCUGGUACACUCCCGAGCCUGCUGCUGCCUAG